AUGCGGUUGAAGGAUGGCAAUCGCAGAUUCAACGAACUUAUGAACGUCACCAUCCACAUAUUACUUUAUUUCAAUAUUUCCAGUUCGUUUUCUGGUACUAGUGAUGCUUCUAAAGCAAGCAACUUCACAUCUUCUCAACCUGUUGUUAGUCUUCCUCAAGGUCCAAAAAAAGAGCCACCACCUCCUCCGCCACCAAGGCCUAAACAUAAUCAUAUCAGAAGUUCCUCGUUAGAUUUAAAUAAAUUAGGUAAGACUGUACCACAUUUUCUAGGUGUUCCUCCUGCUGUUCCUCCUCGAGUUUCACCGAGCACUGCUACACCACAGAAGAAUGCUUUCCACCCUGAUGAACAUCCUGUAAGUGAUAGUGCAGAUUUCGCAGAUUUUACAGAAUUUGAUGAUGCAGAUAGUGCAAAUUUGCAUUUGAAGUCUGGAGCUUUUGAGAUAUAUAAGAAACCUCCAUUAGGGCAAGAUGGUCUUCGUGUGAAUCCUGCAGAUAGUGGAAAUUUUCUCUUAGAACAGGUGUCAACACCUGUUGCCACAGAUGACAGUACAGCAUUAUUAGUAGAUAUUAGCCAGCCUGAUGAAGCUUCAUGUGAUAGAAAGCGGCAUCCAUCAGCACCUCCUCCUUUAGCUAUACAAGCUGCCAGUAUCACGUCUGUUCCCCGAGAAAAAAGAGAGCUUUUAGCUGCAAUACAGGCACAUCGUGAAAGACACAUGAUGCUGACCCGACUUAAUAAUGAACUGAAUCAAGAAUUAUUAGAAAUCAUGGAGGAACGGAUAGCUCUUGAGAUACAGCUUGAACAUUUGAAGCCAUUUUCUUAAGUUUGUUUAAGUGCAUUAAUAUCAUUUUGUGAAGGUGUUCCAUUAGAAUGCUUACAGCCAUUUUACUACAUUUAAAAGAACCUGAGAGCCAUUUUUUAAUCAUUCCAGUAUUUCAAUUAAUAAAUACACUUUACGCAUAGUUUCAUUUUUAUGAGACCUUGCAUCUUAUGCGGUGUGUUCAAGCCUCUUUUUACCACUUAUUAGUCAAGAAUGCAUAUAUAUAUAUAUAUGUGAUCAAGGAAAGGUUUAUUAUUCUGCUUAAAAGUUAGCAGCAUCAUUUUUGAAUAAAUUUCAAUUGAAUUACUGAUUGAUCCCCUUAAAAAAGCAUAUUGAUUAUGUAAACUAUUUUGAUGAAAAAUAUUUUCAUUGUUUUAAAAUAAUGCAAAUAUGUAGCAUAAAAAAUUUCUGUUGAGCUAUGCUUGAAAUUAUUCAUUGUAUGCAUGUUAAAAAUAUGUAUUAGCUUUUUAUUGUUUUACAAUACAAUAUUUUAUUUUUAUUUGAUGCUUAUACUACAGUUUAUUUGAUGCACAGCAUACAUUUUUCAAAAGAAUCUCAUAUAUUCAUUAUUUAAUAAUUUUCAAACAAGAACAUUUUAUAUUAGAAACAUGCUUUACAGGUAUUGUGAGAUUUAAAUUCAUUAUAAUAUAAAUGCUGAAUUGUUGUUUUGAAAAUUUAAUUUGCACAUUAUUUCAAGUAAUUUGAACAUUUUUAUUGCACAGUAAAUAAGAUACGUAAGGACAGUAAUUUUCAAGUAGAUUUAUUUCGAAUUACGAUGCAGUAACUUUAUAUUCUGAAGAGCCAAUAUCUGUGAACUAUUUUAAUUGCAAAAAUAUUGUGUAAAACCAACUGUAAAGUUCCAUUUUUAAAAUAUGUUUUCAAAUCCUUAAACUUUAACCAAACUUUUUUAACUAUAAUUAAGAUAUUCACUAUAAUAUUGUUUAAAGCAGCAGUUUUAUAUUUUUGAACUUGAAUUUCACAACUUUUUUUUAUAAAAUUAAUUAUAUUAUUAUUAUAGGUUCUCGAUUAUUUUGCAGCCUUUAGAUUAUAGGAAUAAGAUCUGUUGCAUAACAAUCAUCGUAGAAUUUUGGCAUGGGUGAAACUAGGCACAUAAAAAUUUGGUGUAUUUAUAAAUUAAAUAGCACAAACCUUUUUUAUGAUUAUAUCGUCUUAUAAUUUUGUGAAUGAGUAUGAUAGAAAGGGGAUGUUUUAUAUGCUUAUGCAUUUAUUAAUUCCAUUCAAUAUAAAAAAAGUUUAGAAAUAUUUGAAAUUUAUUAGGAGGUUCCUUUUUGUCUAACAACUAGAAAAUAGUUUUUAAUUCUUUGUUAAUUUUGUAACUUUUCAUUACUGUUUCAAAAAGUAAUAAGUUAAUUUUAUAUUGUUUAAAAUAUUUUAAAUAGGUAAUAGAUAGUUGCAUUUUUCAUUUAAUAUUUUCAUUAUGCUAAGAAGGCCUGUUAUGUACAAAUUGAUUAUGUAUGGGGAAUGCAUGCAGAUGGAAAAGCAAAAGAUUUCUGUGGUAAAGCAGUUCUGCUUCUAUAUUAUGCAUUAUUUUAAAAGUAUACAUUUCUCAGAGUGUUUUAUAUUUGUGAUAAAUUUACCAUGGUGUAAGACAAAAAUGUUUAAAAAAAGAAGUAUGAUGAAUAUUGUUAAUGUACAUAUAAAACAAAUAGUAAAAUACUUAAUACCAUAUUAUAAGAAAUAUAUUAUAAAAAUUAUUAAUGUUGAAUUUUAUGAAAUAAAAUGUUAAUGUGUAAAUUUUAAUAAUAAAUAUUUAUGAAAUUAGGUAUAUAAUAAUAAAUUUCUACAUUCUGACAUAAUUUAGAAGCAUUUAAUUUUGAAAGCAAAAAUGAAGCUCAGUGGCCAUUUCUGGUAUAUGUAUGGUAAAUUACAGAAUUUCUUUUUACUUUCAUUUGGUGCUUGGAGGGAGGACUAUUUUCUUAACUGAGUUUAUACUCUACACAGAGUUAAUUAAGUAUUGGGCCCCUCCCCUGAAUUGACUGCAUUUUCAUUGCCAUUUUGGAAUUCGUAAAGAAAAAAAAAUUUUUUUGAGGUUUGUUUGAAUCUUAUCAUCUAGGCAAGCUGAAAGAAAUUUUUAGCAUUUUCAUUUGGUAUAUAAGUGUGUACUUCUACCACAAUACAAAUCAGAUAUUAAAAUAUUUUAAGUAAAAUUUAAAGAUUUUCUAGGUAGUGAUUUCGGAGUUGGAUUGUGAACAUAUCAUAACUUUGAAUAAUAUAUGAAAUUAAAUGUUGUUUCAAAGAAAAGAAAUUGAACAUUAUAAAAAUUGAAUUUACAUUAAAUUUUAAAAAGCUAAUAAGGAUUAUUUUUAUUAUAAAUAUGUCCAUUAUUUUAAACAAGAAAUUAAACCCAAGAUUUCUUUUUAGUUUACAUAUGGUAAUUAAAAAAUAUAUAAGUUUUAAUGUACUUGUAAUUGAAAACAAGAUGCAUACUGACAAAAUUAAAUGUUUUUGUAUUUGCAAAAAAUUACAAUUAAAAUUCUCUCUUUAUCUUUUGCAACAUGUGUAGUAAAUUUUUCAAAAGUUUUUCAACAUGUGUAAUAAACUAAACAAUGAUUAAUAUUACCCUGUGAAAGGUAGAUAGUUUGAUUAUUUUGUUGGUUUAAAUGCAUAUCGCUUGUACUGUAUUACAAAGCAUCUGUAUACAACAUUUUUAAAAUUCUGUUCUUUAAAAUUAGUAAGUUUUAUGUAAUUGAAAUGUGAACUGAACUUCGUAUAAAUCUUUCUGCAAAUAUGUUAGCUUAUAGCUUAUAUAUAUCAUAUUUUAUAAAAAUAAUAUGUUACUAUCGUUUAUUAUUUUUUUGCAAACAAAAAUUAUAUCUCCUGAAAGUUAUACCUUUUCAUUUUUUAAUUUAACACGUUCACGCCGGCGUGGGCCGCCAGUUGCCCGCACUAGUCUGUCUCAUCAGGUGGCAUGUACUAUCAGUGGCCCGUACUAGUCUGUCUCAUCGGGCGGCAAUUACCACCGGUGGCACGCACUAAUUUGUCUUAUCGGGCAGCGCCUACCACCGAUGGUCCGCACUAGUGUGUCUCACUGGGCAACGCAUACCACUGAUGGUACGCAUUCGAUUGUGUUAUUAGAUGCUGAAAAUUAAAAUAAUGAAAAAUUAAUGUUUAUUUAUUAUAAGAACUUUUUAGUAACAAUUAUAAUUAGUAACUAUUAGCAAACGUAUAACUCGUAUACAGGUCUGAACAGAUAAUAAUCGCGUGCCACCAGAUGAAACGCGGCAAAAAUUCGAGCGUCGUCUCCCGGCAAAGAACAUAAAAAUUGGCCCCGGCGUGAACGUGUUAAAAUGAUACUAAGAGAAACAUUUUGUGGCUUUCUAGUUUCAUGUUCAGUUUUGAAACCUGUAAUUCUCUAUUUGUUUUAGAAGUAUUUCCAUUUUUUAGAGUGUAGUAAAAUGAUUUCUUGGGAACUAAUGAAAGUUUGUCAGUCAAAGCAAAAUCUGUAACUAUAUAUAAAAGCUGAUAAGAUGCGAGCUUAACAUUUCAAAUAAAUUUGUUUUUAUGUUACGAAUUCAAGAAUAGCAUAUGUCAACUCAAAAAUGAUGUCAAAUUUAAGUUUUGUAACUUUAUAAACAUAUAUUUUUAUAUAAUUAAUUGUGACAUUCAUUAAAUUUAGAAAUGUAUUUUGUCAUAAAAUUUAAUUUUAGUAUUUGGUCAUUUCUUAUCUGUUAUCAAAUUUCUUCUUAUUACUUUCUGUGCAGACAUCUGUUAAAAGCCGUGGCUAACUUGUAAGUAUUGUAUUUACAGGGCUGUAAAAAUAAAUAAUUUUUUAUGUAGGUGUUUUGACAUAAUGAUCAAAUCAAGUUUUUUCUGAACUGAUGUAUAAUUACCAGUCUAUUUGUAUAUAUGAAUGCAAGCAUUUAUGUGUGAAAAUUUGGAAUGCAUGAUUCAUUACAGAUUAGUUUCAAAUUAGCAUAUGUGUGAGUAAGGUUCUUUGCUUAUUGAGCAUUGUGCUGUUGUCAUGUUCCUGUGUAAAUAAGGCUGCUUGUUUAGUUAAUAUGUAAAUCAUAUGAUGAUUGUGAAUACUGAAUUUCAAAAAAUAAAAUAAAGACAUGUACAACAUUUAUCUUCA